AUGUCCAGCAACAUCCCCAUUUCAAGAACAACGGAAGAGACGCUGACGAGGUCCCCAUGCUUGUUCUUCGCGCGCGCCUAUGUGCAUGAGAUUAGCUCCAUAUUGGAACUUACCCUACCGUACAGCCCAGGGGUCGAGCGCUCUGGUGUAUUUGAGGGGGGGAAGGAGUGGUCGUUUCUCGAGCCGAGGCCGGGGGUAGAAAGGAGACCCGGCGGCUCAGAGAGGGCGUUGAGGCUAGCCGUCGUGUCCCUUACCGGGCAUAACCCUCUCUAUCCCGCCUUGGCUCGGGAGGAAUCGUGCAACUUUAAGGACUUUUUAAUGGCGGAAAGUGAGGAUCAAACGCCUCACAACGACGUUCCCGUCCAUGCACUGGCGAAUGUCACGGGGCUAGACCUAGGGCCAGCGCUCGACUUCGAUGGUGUGAGUCUGGAAAACGGGGUGGAUGUGGCGUCGGAGAUCACCAAGUGCCUAUCCAAGUCAAUGCAGGCGAUAGGCCUCGGCAAGGUUCGUACCCUCGACCUAUGGUGGGAAUUGCAUGAGGACUGUCCCGCACUCAUCAUCGUGGACAUGCACUACCUGGCCAUUCCAGCGUCGUCGUCGGCCGUGGAGCGGCUGUUCUCACAGACGGGGCAGAUCAAGUCCAGGCUGCGAAACCGGAUGCAGCCUCAGACCCUGGACCAGCUCAUUUUCACACGCGUCAAUUGGGAGGGUAGCCUUUACAAUGUCCGGCCAAAGCAGCCAAUGAGGGCAGAGGGAAGCAAGGGUGGGGAGGCGGAAGAAGAG